AUGUUCCAAGCAUCCUCUCCUUUCCCAUACAUCCUUUGCAUACUAUCUCAUUCUACUUGCUUCACGCAAUUCCCAACCGCAUCAACCCUCAUCAACCCUCAUCAAACCACAACCACAACCACAACCAGAAUGGUCCGUCAAGAUCCUCACCAGGGCGGAAGCCUCUCUGAAAUGGCCACAACUGGCACAACCAUCCCCAAUGAUGCUGGAAAAAUGAACACCAUCCCCUCAGUACCUCGCCCCGACCAGCGCGCCGAGCACUUUGGUUUCGACAAUGCCGGCAUCGCUGAGCCCUCCACGGCCAUGGCCGCUGAUAACGCCACCGACCUCCCACGCUCUACUCGGGAUAUUGGCCAGACCGGUGAGGUCAUCACUGGCACUGGAAACUCAAUGCCCGCUGGCGUUGAGUCUAAGCAUGCGUACAUGGGCGCCAACCACCAUGCCGGCCAUGGUGAUACUCGCGAACUCAAGCAUGCAAAGUAUGCCAAGAGUGAAUAUGAGCGUUACCAGUCAUAA